UUCGUUUCUAGUUUCGGUCGCUCUUCAGCGAAAAUUUGUAUUAUUUAUAUCUAAUUUGUUUUCUAAAAAGUUUAAUUUAUUAUGUUCAUGCAUAUGGUUAAAGGAAGCGCAAUUCUAAGAUGCUUACAUACGUAAACAGCGCUAAAGUUAUAGUGCGCUACGUAACAAAUAUCUUCGACGGUGCCGAAGAUCCGAUCUCCACAUAAAAGUAUUGAAAUGAACGUAGAGUGAAAAAUAAAGCAGUGACGUUUGCAGGUCUAGACGACUCUGGAGGUUGUUUUUUUUUUUGUGUGUGUUUGUUUUAUUAACCUUCUAUCGUAUGCUGUAUUAUCGUAAAAAGAUGUUGUGAUGGCGAAAAUGGCAUCUGGUGACCUUUCGUUGACCAGCACAAGCAGUCAAGAGGAAGAAAGUUCAGAGUAUGUGGGCUAUGAUAGCACACUUCGACCGCCAUCGAACUCCAGUGGCAGCACAACGACGGCUAAUAUGGCCAAUAACAAUGGGCCCACAAAAGUGGUCAGUGGCAGCGUUGGAGGCGUUGUCGGUGUUGGAAGCGGUGGUGGCAGUGCCAAAAAAUAUGAUCUGCUUCAGUCGCAAUACGAGUCAGCGAGGCUGGAGUUGACUACACUUAGGCUUCGACAUUCGAAUUCGGAGCGGCGAUGCGAUGAGUUGGAAACACAGUUAAAUCUCUACCAGGAACAUUAUAUGGCCGAUCGUAACAAGUACACAGAUAUUGUAGCAGAGAGCGAGCAUCUAAAACGCAAGCUAAUGCUACUGGAGAGCCAAAAUCAGAACAAUGGCAAUCCUUCAGCUCCCCAAUCUUCGGCAGCGGGUGGCAAUUCAUUCUACUAUGGAAAGAUGCAGACACCGUGCGAUGGAACCUGCAGUGCAAGCGAAAAGGUAGUGGAGCUGAAGAAAGAGCGUAAUCUGAUAGCCAUGGAGAGAGAGAAAUACAAGAAAUCUUACAUUGAGCUGGAGAAAGAGCGUAAUUUCUAUCGGGAACGUGGAGAUGAGAAUCAAACAUUAAAAAUGUUGCUAUCAAAGGAGACGAAACAUGUGGUGUCCCUCAAUGAGGAACUGAAUCAAUUGCUGUCCGAAAAGGACAAUGUGCUGCAGGAACAUCAAAAGAUGUCCGAUGAUUUAGCGCUGGCCAACAAAGAAAUUGAGAGUCUCAAAAAGGAGGAGCUCAUCUAUAAGAACGAGUUGAAAUCACUGCAAUUGGCCAAUGCAGAGCACAAAAAGCGUGAUUUACUAAAAUCGCGUGAGAGCAGUUGGUCAAAAGAGUUUAACAACGAUAGCAAGGAGGAACUAGAGAAGAUGCGUAAGAGCCUCGACAAGGCUCAGUCAGAGGUUGAGCGUGCUCUUCAAGAUGCCGAGGAGGCGAAACGAGUUCGCGACUGGGCGAUUUCACAGCGUGAAAAAAUCGUACAAGAGCGCGACUCGGUGAAGACGCUCUGUGAUAAUUUGCGCAAGGAACGCGACAAGGCAAUCUCUGAUCUGCUAAUGGCCAUUCGGGACAGCGAGAAAAUCAAAAAGCAAAAAGAUGAGGCACAGAAGAAGAUCGAUGCCCUUAAGGAACAGUUGGAGAGCCAAACUAUAACAACAACAGCCACGCCCACAGACAUUGCUUCGCGUCGCAGCUUCCGCCUUAGCAGCUACGAAAGCGGCGAGGAUCUUUUGGAGAUUGAGCUUUGCAAUUAUCAUGAUGUUGAUCUUGGCAUUAUAUUAGACGAUAGUAACAAACGGCAACUGGUCUGUGGUGUCACCAAUAGCUCGCCAGCAUUUGGCAAGCUGAAGAUCAAUGAUGUCAUUUGCAAAGUGAAUAAUCUCGACUGUCUCGGCGUCUCGAAACGCAUGGUCCUCGAUGAGAUACGGGCGUGUGCGCCACGCUGCCUGCUGCUUGUCUCAAGGACUCAUCAAAGCAAACGUCACUCGUAUGCGGUGCAGCUGAAGACAAACAACCGAGAUGCUAUUGGCUUACAGCUGGACAUGGGCGUGUUUAUAGCUAAGAUAGAACCCAACACGUUGGCCUUUUAUGAGCCCGAACUGGACGUGGGAGAUCGUGUGCUAAGCAUCAAUAAUAAGUCCAUGGAUUCGCUACAGUCCAUCGAUGAGGUCACACAGUUGCUUAAAAGCGAAACGGUCAAUAUAUUUGCCCUCAAGUAUGUGGCUGAACAGCAGCCGGACUCGCAUUGCCGCAUGACGAGCUCAUCAGCGCAGACGGACAGUUCCAUUGACUCCAUGCAACAGCUGAACAACAGCACAGGUAUUGCUCCUGGUGGCAGCGGGAGUGGUGGAGGCGGAAAUAGUAGCGCCGCCAAGCAUCCGUCGAAGUUUGCUGACUUUUUGCGCAAGCUGAAAUUCAGUAAGCCGGGCACAGCCGAUGAUAGCUUUGAGCAGGAGCACGAUGUAGCCAUUGCAGCUUUGGACUCGGUACUCAGCGAGAACAGCUCUGAGAAGAGCAAGGAGAAUCUCUUUAAGCGCCAUAAGCGCGUAAAAAAGGUGAAAAAAGAGGCCAAGAGCAUGGGCACAUGGCCACGAACCAAUAUUUCUCACGACAAUCCAACUGGCACUAUUGUGCAGCGUGGCGGCGAAAAGAAACGUGCACUCAUGUCCCUCUUCACCGCCGGCCCUAUUAAUGUAGAUAAGGAUGAUGAUGUCGAGGCCGAUCCCGUGGAAUCGAAGCCGCAAUUGCAAUUACAAGAGUUGCCACCACCGCCACUGCCACCGCAGCUGACGAAACCGCGCAACCUGAAUGGCAACGCCAUCAAGACACAUCCAAAUCGCAACUCCAAUCCUGUCGGGAAUGUGGUCUCCUCUGUCGUCUUUCAGCCUGGUGUAGGAGUCACAUAUCCGCGACAUUCGCUCUACGCCAGCGUACCCACGCCUCCCGAGGAGAAACAGCAGCAGCAACUACUCUUGCAACGACCCGCUCCAAUGAUGGGUGCCAAUGCGCGUGUGAAGCCUCAUGCACAGGAGCUCGGCACGUUUCCAUAAUCCACAUCGCUUCUCUCACUGAAUAUUCCGCCCAGUGGCGGGGAUUUUUAUCAACCGAAGACGAGUGGACAGCAGGCAGAGCGACAGGUGGUCGCAGCAGUGGCCGCUGGAGAGUUUCCAUCACGUAAGCAGCAAAUGUUCGAUAUGUUCCAACAGCCAACACCGCCGUUGCCUCUGCUAAGGGGAAUGCCAUGUUUAUGCCGCUGCAACCCCCCGCCACGAGUAUCUGGUGGUAAUAGUUCGGCAGGAUCUGGUUCCGGAGGAGGAACUGUGGACGUCGUAUCCUUAAAGUCGCAGAACUCUAUUGAAUCAAUGCUGUCGGCAAAGAGUCCGCCCAUUAGUGAGUGCAAUGUUUAUCCGAAGCGAGCAGUGCCACCAAUGCCGCCUAAGCAUGUGCCCAAAUAUCCCAGUGACAGCGAGAGCAUUGGCUCGGGCAUUCUGGUAACAUCCGGUCACAAUUAUCUACCGCCUCAUCAGGCUUACAUGGCAAUUGCCGGCAAUAGGCACACGCAGCUUUUUCCCAGCUUUCCGCCCAGCAGUCAUGGUCGUUAUAUGCGACGGUCGAGUCCAUUGACAUUGUCUUCGCCGCCGCCGCCCGCACCGAUGACGACAAUGACAACGCAGGCAACACCACCUACUCAGAUGGAAAGCAAUAGCAAUAGCAGCACCAUUGGAAUUCCUACUGAUUUGGAUUUUGUCCCCGGGCAGCAGUCGCAGCAACAGCAUCAACUUACACAUCCCCAUCCGCAUCCCCAUCCACAUGCUCAUCAACAGCAUAUGCAGCAUCCUCCUUACAUUGAUUAUAGCCAACAGCCGUCACUGCAUUAUCCGUACAGCCUGGCUAGUGUAUCUUCCGGUCCUGGCAACGGUAUCAUCUACGAGGGUGGUACUUUUCCGCGCAAGAAAGACAAUCAAAGGGUUCGCAUUCCGUCCAAUCCCAGCGUGGCGAGCAAUCGUCAGAACAGCAGCAGUCUGGUGAAGAACAGUUCUGGCUCCAUUGAUCAUCAUUAUGGCAACGCAACGGGUAGCAACUCUAGCCACAGUGGAGCACCAGUUUCUCUCAUGAACUCUGUUCACCACACGGGCUAUAUACCGAACGUGAGCAGUGUUAAUGGUGGGGGAGGAGGAGGAGGAGGUGGUGGCAGUGGAAGGGGAUCUCCCAUGCCGCAGGUGCAUGUCGAGGUGCUUAGCCAUGGCGGGCCAAGCGGUAGUGGAAAACGCUGCUCGAAUGUAGCGACGGAUUUUUUAUGCCCUGGAGACCUUAGAAGAGUCACGAUUGAUAAGCGCGACAAGUCGCUUGGUAUUACCAUACAGUGUAACAACAAUGGCGGAGGUAUUUUUGUGUCCACAGUGGCCGACAAGAGUACCGCAAUGCGUGCCGGUCUCCAGGUGGGCGAUCAACUCUUGGAAGUCUGUGGCAUCAACAUGCGUGCUGCCACCAACGAGAUAGCCGCUAAUGUGCUACGCCAGUGCGGCGACUCUUUUACUAUGCUGGUGCAGUAUAACCCUGAAAAAUUUCAGUCUACUGAAUAUGAGGGUAUACACAACAUGGAACCAGAAUCUCCCCUGAAUCACUCUGGCUCGCCAACGCCACGAAAUUCACCGCGUCCUCCGGCUCGAAGUGUGCAAGCGGCAAUGCCAUUGCAGCCACUCUCAUUGCUGCCACCGGCGCCAACUGUGACUCGUGCUCCUCUCUCCCAUCAGUCCAUCAAGGAUCAAAGCUUUACGGACAGCUUGGAAAAUCAAUCGGACAUAAGCAGCAGCCAGGAUAUGCCCUCCUCAGCGGCUACCACAACAACAACCACCGCUUCGGCCACCUCUACGGUUUACGAUGACGAUGCGAAAUCAUCGUUGCCACCAGCACCGACUUCUGUGACUGCAGAGUCGCUGCGUUUUGUCACGCUUCACAUGGACAAGUCUAAGAAUCUGGGCAUUAAAUUGUUUGGUGGCAAUAAAGUUGGGAUCUAUGUACACGACGUGGCUCCUGGUUCACCGUCUGAUCACGCCGGUAUACGUAAAGGUGACCUUAUACUGGAAUACAAUGGGGUCGACUUAAGUGGUGUUACCGCCGAGCAGGCAGCUAAUGAGAUCUCCAAGCUCACCGAUACGGUCACCAUGCUGGUGCAGAACAAAUUGCAAACUCUGAAGCAAAUUAAAGAUAAGCCAGGAGAUUCGUUCUAUAUACGUGUGGGGUUUGAUCGGAUUGGUGAACUAAACGAGGAUGAUUUGCGUUUUGUGAAGGAUGAAGUUCUUUAUGUGGACAACACCGUAUUUAAUGGUACCUUUGGUUUGUGGCGAGCCUGGAAACUAGAUGCAAUGGGACAUCGCAAAGAAUGUGGUAUUAUACCAAGUCAAAUGAAGGUGGAGGAGGAAUUACGUUCAGGAGAAGUGGUUGACUGUGAUACGGGCACUGCGCGUCGAGGCAGCACAUCAGCACGUCGUUCAUUCUUUCGACGGAAGAAGAAUCAACGGAGUUCAUCGCGUGAUUCCACAGAGAUUGCGAGCUUUAGUAACACACAAUUGAGCUUCUUCCCCGACUCGGGCAUACUCAACGACGAUGGUGUCGUCAUGGGCUAUCAGCGUGUGGAAUUGCUCGACUCGCCUAUUCAUCGACCCGUGCUAAUAAUUGGGCCGCUUUCGGAGUGCCUAAUAGCUCGUUUAAAGGUGGAUUUCUCCAACUUGUUCAAACUGUGUGAGGUUACAGCGAUGGAUUGCUCGCAGGAAGCUAUGGAAGAAGGCCUAAAAGAGAACAUAUUCGUAGAUUAUCGGCGUCGCGGCAACAAAUUCGAAUGUACCACAGUGGAAACCAUAAGCAAUGCGUGCAAGAAUGAUCGACGCCACUGCAUCUUGGAUGUGUCAAUCUCAGCCGUUGAGCGAUUACAACGUCUGCAAAUAUAUCCUAUAGUACUCCUCUUGCGGUUCAAGUCGGCCAAACAAAUACGUGACAUUCGCGACUUUGGCACAGAUAAGAUAUCAGCUAAAGCAGCAAAGGAGAUGUAUGAGCGUGCCCUCAAACUGGAAGCCGACUAUAAACAGUACAUAUCAGCCGUCAUACCAGGCGUCAGCAUCAAACACAUGUGCACCCAAAUUAAGGACGCCGUCGAUAAAGAGCAGGACAAGCUACUCUGGGUGCCUGUUACGAAUGGCUAGCACAAGGAUAAUUUUAGGUUUAGUUAUUAUUAGAUGGUGUAAGCUGAUACCCUUCAAAAUGUAAAGGGUAUUGUCGCUCAUCCAUAUAUACAAGUUCUGUAUUCGAUACGCUCAACGCAGAGUAUUCAAUUGUCGUCUAUGCUAUUGCACAUUUUUUUGUUUUUUUGCAUUUAAGGCGCGUUCUUUUCUUGUUGUUUGUUUAGUUCUAUUGUCUUUACGUCCCUCUAUUUAUAUCAAACAAUUAUCUGUUUCCUCUAUGUGAAGAGUUUUAGAAAUUCUCAAAAAAAAAAAAAAUUACAAUAGAACUUCAAAUUAUGAAAAAUAUGGUUUAAAACGCAUCAAAAUAAUCGAUAAUUAUUUCGAAUUCAUUACUGUGGCAAUAUUUCAAGAAUUAUUUUCAAAAUUUAUAGAAUCAAGCUUUAUAAUAAAUAAGUGCCUUUUCUUAUUAAAAAAGAAAACUGAAAAAAAUAGAAAAUAUCAAGUUGGUUGUCAUAAUACAACAUUAAACAUUUAAAUCUUUAUUCAAUAAACAGAAAGUGUAUUAAAGAAGAAAUGCUAUUACUUUUAUAAAUAUAUUAGUACUAAAUUACGAAUGUGAAAACUGCAAAAAAACAAAAUGCCUUCUGCAAAACACUAAACAAUUUACUAAAACACACAAGUGUUAUGUAAACGUAUUAAAUACAUUAAAGUCUAUUUUAUACAUAUUUAUGUAAGCAUUUUAUAUACAACAAUAACAACUACACGUAUAUAUAAAUAAU